AUGCAGAAGAGAAGGUAUAGAGAAGAGGUGCUGGAAAGAAGAAAUCCGAUAGAAGAGCGGCUCCCAACUCCAGAAAGGGCGUGCGAAAUAGCCAUAAAAAACGCACGUCUGCUGACAAAAGAGGAGCUGGAGCUCAUAACCACCAAAAUGCCGUACGGCGAGUACUUCAGAAGAUACUAUGAGGUGGCUCUCAAGGAGAAAAUAGCGAAGGGGCUCUUUGAUUGCAUAUGGUACUCAGAGAGAAGUAUGUGGCUGCUAAAGUCGCACACAGACCGUUUCAUGGAGUUUCGAGACUUCAUGGCAAACACGCAGCAAAGCAUUCGGCUGGACGCCUCAAACAAAGAGGUUCUUCUGCAGGGCGAGCUAUUCGAGAAGUACAGGGCGGAGGAGGUUGAUGCCUCCGCUGUCGUUGUGCUUAAGUGCCUGAGGGAGACCACUAGUGUCAAAGAGCUUAUGCAGGGCAUUGAGAGCGCAGUCCACGUGGACGAGUGGGAAAUGGCGCAGUCGGAGGACCGAAACGAGUACAGGAGAACCGUCUACAUGCGGGCCAGCGUGGGAGCGGAUGAGCUUAAGGAGAAGAUGGGGCCAGAUGCACUCGCCAACGUGAUUGUAACGCAGCGGUUUUUGCCCACUUCUAUAAGCGGAAAGCCCGUCCGGGAGACAGGGCGGCAGUUCUCGGAUAAGUACGUUAUGGGCGAAACAGCGAGGCAGUGCAAGUCCAUUCUCGGCCGAAUGUCUGAGCUGUUCGGAGUUCCUGACGUGAGCACGACGGUUGCUUCGCUCGAGGCGAGGGUUUCCCCGCACGAGGUUGGCGACUUGUACGUGCUGGCGCUCAGGAAAAUAUUCAACUUCUGCUACUACUGCGGGCUGAAGUACGACUGCCCCUAUGAGAUGGUCCUUAAGUGUGGGCUUUUCCACCUCCGGAGCACAAGCGUCUUGGACGACUCUAACCCAAUAGAGCACGCGCACAGGAUGAAGCCGUUUGAAAUCGACAGAAUGGGGUAUUUGGGGGGCAUACCCAGAAGCAUAGACAUUCGGAAGUUUUGCAGCAGUAAGACCAGAGAAGAAAUAGAGUGCAGAUACUGCGAGAAGAAGUUUGAAAGCAUGGAGUUCUUUGAAAAGCACUUGGAAAGAAAGAACCACCACGCGUACGAGGCGUAUGUAAAACAGCAUGCAAUGCUUAUAGAGUGCGUUAGCACGCUAUGCUACCAGCUGAUCAACAACAUUGAGAAGCGGCAUAAAAGAAUCCCAAACGACGUUGCUGACCUGAUGUUCUGCAAAGAGGAGGUGCCUGUGAAAGAGGUGGAUUACAGUAAUUUAGACAAAAAGUAUCCAAUAUUGGAAGGGUACAUGCCCAUUAUGUCCGAAGACUUCGACGGGGAUGAACUAUAA